AUGUACGCCGGGCUCGGAUACAACCCAGCUGAGCCACGGGUGUUUCCCACUGUUGAGGAGUACCUGCGAGAAUGCAUGCAUUUGGCUGAUCUCAUCCUUGAGCAAUUCAUUUACUUUAUUGGGCAAGCGUCAUCUUCCCUCGAAUACCUUGCUAACUAUCACGACCGCAUAAUUUUCACCACAGCCAUUGGAAGUAUCUUGAAUCUCCUGCGACCAGGGUCAGAAACCCGAGAUAGAAACAACGAAAAGGGAGCUUUACCAGGCAACUACAGGCGCCUCAUUCUCGCUCGUAAUAGUCAAGUAGCGCAGACGCUUAGUAGUCAACUUCGCCGCCCAUCCUCUAACGCCAUAAUUAAGACCUACCUUGCUCUCGUACAUGGCUCUUUCGAACCUGAAUCUAAUGGAGAAAUUCGGAAGAGCUUGUUCAUCUCUGACGGGAGAGUAUCUGUCCAACCGAGCUCGGUAGGAGCUAUUUCCAAAGAGGUGCCGACACACACGACCUGGAGGUGUUUAUUCUCCAAGAAAGGCGUUUCAUUGAUGGAGUUGGGGUUAAAAACAGGAGUCAAGCACCAACUUCGUGUCACCAUGGCUCAAAUAUUGAAUGCUCCUAUCAUAGGCGAUCAAGUCUACGGUUCCCCAAACUCGAGAAAUGAGCAGCUGAUGCUUCACUCGACACGCGUCGAGAUUCUUCGAUACCUUCGGAAACCUGUUCUUGGCAGACGCACAUAUAAACUUGGCAUUGUCGUCCCGCCCCCAUCAGGGUUUUUAUCAAUUUGUCAGUCUUUGGGGUUUUCUAUCGACCACCCGUGGGCUCCCUCUCCUGUUCGUGUGACGGUUGACGGGUCUGAGAUACCCUACGACCCCAGUUACACUUUAGACGAAGAAAUUGUCACAGAAGCACUCCGUAAAUCUGAUAGAGAUUAG